AUGGAAAACAUGUCCACUGUCAGUGACAUUCUUGUGCUGGAAGAAUUAGGACACCCUGAAUCAUUUGCAGAUCUUGUAUUUUACACUCUACUCUUUGUCUAUAUUGCACUGCUGAUAACCAACUUUUGUGUUCUUGUUAUCAUCAUUAGAGAGAAAAGCUUACACCAACCCAUGUACUUGUUAUUUUGCAACUUGUCAGUCAAUGAUGUCCUUAAUAACACAGUUAUACUACCUCAACUGUUGUUUGACAUGGUUACUAAAAACAGGUUGAUUUCUUAUAAUGCGUGUGCUUCACAGAUAUUUUUUAACCAUACGUUUGCCUCAGCAUCACACACUAUAUUGAUCAUAAUGGCUAUUGAUAGGUAUGUGGCUAUAUGCAAUCCACUGCGAUACAAUUCAAUAAUGACAGCUAAGGCAGUUGCAGUCUUGUCUGUAUCAGCCUGGGCUUUUGCCAUUGUAUUUGUCAGUGUACUAGUGGGCCUCACAUUCAGGUUGUCUCUCUGUAGAUCACGUAUUCCAAAUUUUUAUUGUAACAAUGCCUCUUUGUUCAAGUUAUCUUGUGAAGAUGUGUCUAUUAAUAAUAUCUAUGGACUGUUCUACACUGUGGUACUAUUGUCCUCCUCAAUGGGGACUAUUGCUGUCACAUACAUUAGAAUUGGUGUCAAAUGCCUGACUAAGAAAAAUGCAGAACUCAACAGCAAAGCCAUCCAAACAUGUACAAGUCAUUUAGUCUUGUAUCUGAUAUUGUUGUUCUCUGGAUUCAUUAUUGUUAUCAUGCAUCGGUUUCCAGAAGAUCGCUUUUUAAGAAAACUCAUGGCUAUCAUUUGUCUUGUUAUACCUGCCCAUUUGAAUCCAAUUAUUUAUGGACUACAGACUAAACAUUUAAAACUGAAAAUUUUGCAACUAUUUCAGAGGAAGAUAAGUCACAGUUAG